UCGUCGCCAUUAUUACGGUUUUUGAGGAAGGAAGGCAGCUUUCUCGAAAUAGCGCUCUUCGCGUUUUGUUUCGGCCAUCGCAGCUACAGACUAGGCAGCAGCCAACUCCUGAGCAUAAAAUUCAGCGCAAGAGCAUAGCUGAGUCGAAAGAUCAGCAGCAGUGAAGGGCUCUUUGAUCCCGUGUGUGUUUCACCAAAAAAAAACCUGGAAAGAGAAAACAAUUUGUCGCCGUCCGCGCGAGCAAACGCGAGUCGAUUUCGAGUGUUGUUUGUUGGCGGUACGCUUCUCGGAGAAAAAGUGAAAAUCGGUCAUUUUUCGGAUACAAAUUUGUUGAAAACCCUCCCUAAUCCGCAAGUUUCGGCGGAAACUGGGCCCGUAAUUGAUUGGUAAUAGUGCGAAGUGGAAUUUUCCGGUGAUUUUUCCAAUUUUCGAUAUAUUUUAGAGGGUAAAAGUGAGGAAGUAAUUCCUCCUUCAAACUCCAUUAGACUUUGCUGCUGUGGCCCUCUUUUGCUGACGGCCGUCGUUGUGGAGAGACAUCUUGGGAAAGUGUAAAAAAAGAAACAGAAAAAGUGCUCCGUGUCGCAGAGUAAAAAGAGCUUCCAAGAGUUAGCUCAUUUUCGAAGUCAUUUGCUCCCGGAGACCCCUGGAGCAGAACAAGGAAUCCGCAAAGAGUGCAAAUAAACCUGCUUGGAUGUUUGUUGGAUUCGUGGUUUCGUGAUUAGGUAGCGAAAAAACGCUUAAAAUUUUCAUAAAAAUUUUUUCCUUCGAGCAAGAGUGAGAGGCGUGAGUAUCGUAGUGGUUGUGCGAGCAGAAACGACGGUCGUAUAGAGAUUCUCUGUGCACGAGACGCAAGGGAAGCAGAGAAGAAACAAGAGCGUUGGGCAACACUGAUCAGCAGCAUUUUUCGGUAGAAACCAAACGACUAAGCAGUGAAUAUAAUAUUACAGCAAACAAUAUAGAAGCGGAGAAUAUUUUAAUUCAAGUGAAACUACACACCGAAUACGGCGGGUGUGUGUAAGGUGGAUAAAGGCCCAACCGAUAGUUGAAGGAAAAUCCAGUGAUUACUGAAUAGAACAAAAAGACAACAGAGAAUCUAGUGAUACGGUAGAAGGGGUAAAAAACUUCGAAAAUGUCACUUCCGAUAAACUCUCUCUACUCACUAACGUGGGGUGAUUACGGGACGUCGUUAGUAUCCGCUGUACAAUUGCUUCGAUGCCAUGGGGAUCUCGUGGACGUCACAUUAGCCGCUGGUGGUCGGAGCUUCCCAGCGCAUAAAAUCGUGCUGUGUGCUGCCAGCCCGUUUCUACUGGAUUUACUAAAGAACACACCAUGCAAGCAUCCAGUUGUUAUGUUGGCCGGUGUCAAUGCCAACGAUCUGGAAGCGCUGCUCGAGUUCGUCUACCGCGGGGAGGUGAGUGUUGACCACUCGCAACUACCCUCGCUGCUGCAAGCGGCGCACUGUCUAAACAUCCAGGGGCUGGCACCGCAAACCGUGUCACACAAAGAUGACAACACAACGUACACCACAUCGAUCCAGUUACAUCCGACACUGGUACCGCAAAAUCACGCCGUUAAGGCAGUCAUCGACGUCGGAAACAACGUUUGCACGGAAGAUCUCAUCACUACACUGACUCCCACCCAGACUGUUCAGGCUCAAGUUAUCGAAACAAUCACCCCGGAACAAAUGAGCGAUGAAGUUACUAAGGAUGUCAUCAGUCAGUUUUUGCCCACCCGCAAGCGCAAGCAACGCACGAAGAAACCAUCCCAAUCGGGUGGACAGAAUGUUACCGGAGUACAGGCAACGGCUACCGUCACGGCUGGAGGAACUAACGCUGCUAAGGUCUUGAAAACUGAUGAGGAAGGAACCAUCCAAACUAUCAUCGUAAACAGUGCAGAAGAAGCGGCCAACGUUGUGAAGGAUAUAAAGAAGGAAGCUACUGCUGACGGCGCCUCGGUUAUGGAAUCAAAGGACGGGAUCAUCAAGAUAAAGAACAAAUCGCAGUCGGAACAACCAGCCACUUGUCCCAUUUGCCAAGCAGUAAUUCGUCAAUCUCGCAACUUGCGUCGUCAUUUGGAGUUGAGGCAUUUCAAGAAACCUGGAGUAAAGAAAGAACGCGUCAAGAAGAACAAAGGCAAUGCAAACGGACAGGCAAACACUAGCGGCACAAACGGCAACGGAGCAGGAAACACCUCGGUUGAUCAGCAGCAGCAACAGGCACACGCCCAACAGCAAGCUCAACAACAGACAGCCAUCGAAACGGCAGGAACGAUAUCGGUUACGGUUUCCCAGGCACAGGCACAACAGCUCGAACAGGCAGCGGCAAACGGACAGCAGCAUGUGGUUACGCAACAUGAGAACGCCGAUGGAACCACUUCGCUUUCAAUUGCUCAGGUACAGACGUUGGAUGGACACCAGCUGGCAAUCGGAAACUUGAAUCAGGCAACUCUUAUCCGCACCGGUGAAUCGAUUGAAGCAGGAAUCAUCGCUACGCACGAGCCCACAUUGCGCCCGCAUACCGAGCUGUUCCGCGUUGGCAAUACCGUCUACACGAUAGAGGAACGUCGACCGGAUCAGCCGAAUCGUUUGACUUAGAACGAUGACGAUGACGUCGACAACGGGGGCGACGUGUACGAAAUAGUUGAGGGAGUCGAUUACGAUUGCAUCAUCGAUAGUGGCGUGGACGUGGAAAUCGAGGAGGAGACUGGCGAGGGUAUCGUGGUAGAAGACGAAGAGGAGGUUGUAAUGGAGCCCGGCGGGGCCGGAACCGGGGGGAUCGUUGAUUCCACCGGCGGGGUGAUUAUCGAUACCACUAACGAUGAUGAGAACGAUGAGAACAGAGUUGAUGGGCAGCAGCGCCAUCAGGUCGGAACGCAAACAGGAGAAACCACCAUUGUUACCGUCACUACUGCCGGUGGAGUAGUAGCAGCGGCAUCUGGCGGUAGCGUUACCGUCAACAAUAAUCGUAAUACGAUUAACCGAAACAGCACUAAUACUAGAGGAAGCAGCAACCCCGCCGACGGUGAUUUGGCAUCGUCCUACAAGCACUUUUUUAUUCUCUAAUUUGGUAAGUUCUCCAUACAAAAAAGCAGCAGUAGAGAGACAACGGUUCUCGAAUCGUGCGUUUUUAUUUUUUUACAAAAGUGAAAAUCUUUUGUGUUAAAUUGUGAAAUAGUGAACGAAAGAUUAUUAUUUAUAUAUCGAUUUAGUUCUGUGCGGAGCGGUGUUUGUUUACGAACAAAUAUUAUAUCACUCAGUCACAGAGCAACAUCAAACAAAACGAAAUGAUUGUUAAGGAUGAGUGGAUCUUGUUUUAGUAAAAUUUUAGCGAAUCGCCGAAGGAUUAAAGUUGUUCAAUUUCACACUACUAAAGUUAGGUUUGCACUAUUAUGAUUAUUUAAAGAAAGAAGAGUAAUGAGAAUGAUUCAUAUUUCGUACAUAUAAAUUUUAUCGCUUUGUACAUAGCUACUGCUUAUUGGACAAGAAGUAAUAAUUAUAAAUAUUGAUAACAUUAAACAAAAACAAACGAAGAUCAGGCACUCCGAGCAUCAUCUUACACACAUACGAAUCAAAAUGAUAUGAAAUUCUCGCUGCUAGCAAUUUUGUAAAGACGAAUAAUUCAUUUUCAAUGAUAGAGGUAAACAUGCUACAACAUUUGAGAUUUUACCUAUUAGGUUGAUUGUAUCACGCUGUCACAUUUUUCUCAUCUCUCGACUUUUAAUUUACUGCAGUACAUCGGUGUACUUUUACAAAUAAUUGAGAGAACUUUCAGAGAACAAUUUCACCGACCAAUUCCAAACAUGAAAUGUCUAUGAAUGAAAUAGUUUAAUAAAUUAUUGUACAUGCUUCCUUUUUUUAAUUUUUUUCAAGCAAAAUCACUGGCAAUAAUUGCAAUUGGUAAUUAGAGUCGACGUAAAUUUGGAAAAUUAAUUACAGUUUUUUCUGGUCUAUCAAGUGCAAUUUCCAAACAAAGUAGAAAAGUGGAAGUAUAUACUUUUUCGACACACAAUUCCUUGCCCACCUGUAGCCGAUGUCUUCAAAGUUUAAUUGAAUCCUCUUAAUUUUACACCCAAUUUAAAACAAUGUUCUUCACAACCUUAUGUCGAAGAUUGUGUAUAUUUUGGCAUUUAUCUACCCUCUGCAUGUAUCUAGAACUUGAAGAUGUUGCUAGCUGAUCCUGUUUUCACGACGAAACACGAGAUACAUAAAAUAAAACAAAUAUCAGUUUCAAAAUAAAUUAGAACUGCGUGUGUGUUGUGAUUGCGUCUUAAUAGUUUAUAAGUGAAACUAAUUGAAAAAAAAAGAAGUGAAAAUGACCGUAACUAUAAAAUUUUAACACAUAAAAUAGAAAUAUCUAGCUGUUAGGCUUUUUUUUCUUUUUUAACAAACUCACCCUAGUAUAAUAAGUGACCCAAACAGAUUUAUUCCUCCCACUAAACAAGCAGACGUUGAAGUGAAGAAAAUACCGUAAAGCUCUACUUUUUACGAAGAGCGUGCAAUGGGAAUUGCUUGCUGGAGCAAACAAAAAACAUGAACGUGUAAUAAUUAAUCUUAAGUGCAAACAGUUAGCGAGUGGAUAUGAACACACAAAAAUACCAUUUCGGAUCCGAAAUUUGAACAAAAGUACAACAGAACCCAUACAGAACGUAACAAUUGAGAAGAAUCUUUUUUUUCGUACAUUUGAGCUACCUGUCGACAAAAGACGCAAAACAAAAUAGUAAAGCAAAACAACAAACAAGAUGUCGUAGUUGUGUAUUUAAACGAAUCAACUUUAUAACUAACUGUAACAUGUUAACGUGUGUGUUAGUAGUAAUUAGUACUUUUCUUAGUUCUCGACACAAUGGUGUGCAUUUACGACGAGAUCGUCCGAGAAACAGAUUUAGCGAACAUUUACCCACUUUCCUACUAUUGUAUUGUUCCCCAAAUCCGACAUAAACGCCUCACUCACACUUUUGCUACUAUAUCAGGUAGAUUUAUUCAACACCCUUAAGCAGCCAUUUUCACGAUAAAACAAAACGUGUAUCACAUAUAUUUGUUAAGUUGUAUCAAGUUUCAUCAUCUGGCUUCAUCGUAGAGAAGGAAAGUAAAUUACCCAUUGAAAACCGGAUGCGCUCCCACAUGUGUAUAGGUAGGACUUUAGAACUGUGCAUCUCACAUUUUAAUUAAUAGUUCGUAAAUUAUUAUCAAUUUGCUGUAAACAAAAUAUGGAUAUAACUUAAACUAUUCAGAUAUAAAUCAACCAUGAUAGCGCAGUACUUUCCGCAGCUGCAAAGUAAGAAGUCCUCCGCACGACUGGGUUGCGAAUGCGAACCUUCGCCAGAACUUUGCGUAAGCGGUUGGACGAAAACGUUAGAAUUCGACACCAUAAAACUUACACCAAGUGGUAACUCGCUUCAAGAAUCGAGAGGCAAAGAAUAUCUAAAUUUAGAUGUGUGUACAUACAGAGACAAAUAAAGUGAAAACCCAUGUAAAAUUA